UUUGUCUACUUCAUCUUCUUCCUCUCUUUCUAACUUUCAUUUUUCUUUUCCGUUUGUUUCUCUUUUUACGUUACGUCGGUCCUUCAAUCUCCAUGAAGGACCCGACCAAUUGCUAAAUUCCUAAAUAAAACUUUUUUUUAUUCAAAAAAACUUUUCUCUGUUUUGUUAUUGAUUCCGAUCAUUCAUCAUGCACUGUUUUCCGUGUUUCUCUUCCUUAAAGAGCAAGAAAUCUUCAGCUACGAAUGAGACUCAAGACAACGAAACUAUACCACCUGAGAGGAGACGAACAGAGGAAACAGAGGAAACUGAAGGAACGACGUUGAAGACAUUCACUUUCCGGGAAUUAGCGACGGCGACAAAGAAUUUCCGGCAAGAAUGUUUGUUAGGAGAAGGUGGAUUCGGUAGAGUUUAUAAAGGAACCCUUAAAUCUACUGGCCAGGUGGUGGCUGUAAAGCAACUAGACAAGCAUGGAUUACAUGGGAACAAAGAGUUUCAAGCUGAGGUUAUAUCGUUAGGCCAACUUGAUCAUCCGAAUCUUGUUAAGCUUGUUGGCUACUGCGCCGAUGGAGAUCAAAGGCUUUUGGUCUAUGAAUAUAUCUCUGGAGGUUCACUUCAAGACCAUCUUCAUGACCGUGAACCGAUGAGUUGGACAACUAGGAUGCAGAUAGCGUAUGGCGCAGCGCAAGGGCUUGAUUACUUGCACGAUAAAACGAAUCCACCCGUGAUAUACCGAGAUUUGAAAGCUUCAAACAUUUUGUUAGACGAUGAUUUUUCUCCUAAGCUUUCUGAUUUUGGUCUGCAUAAGCUAGGACCAGGGACAGGUGAUAAGAUGAUGGCUUUAUCUUCUCGAGUUAUGGGAACUUAUGGUUACUCCGCCCCUGAGUACACUCGAGGAGGAAAUCUCACUAUGAAAUCAGAUGUCUUUAGCUUUGGAGUUGUGUUGCUUGAGCUCAUCACCGGUCGAAGAGCUCUUGAUACCACUAGGCCUAAUGAUGAACAAAACUUAGUUUCUUGGGCACAACCUAUAUUUAGGGAUCCUAAGAGAUAUCCGGACAUGGCAGAUCCGGUUCUAGAGAAGAAAUUCUCAGAGAGAGGGUUAAACCAAGCAGUGGCAAUAGCUUCAAUGUGCGUACAAGAGGAAGCAUCAGCUCGUCCUUUGAUAAGUGAUAUAAUGGUGGCCCUUAGUUUCCUUUCAAUGCCUACAGAAGAUGGUGUUCCCACAACAGUUACGGCAUCCUUUAAGGACAAGAGUAUGUCUAUAGCCUUAAGCCGGCAUGAUUCAAAUCUUGUAUCUCCUGCUGCUGAGCUAGCUACGGAAGAUGACAAGUCUAGUAGUACAUCAUCAGACGAAGAAGCAUCUUUGGAAAACGAAAAAGAGAGUGUGAGUAAGAAGAAACUUGGAGAGGAAGAUAGCCCAAUGGAAUCUGAUGAUGGGUCUGAUUCUAACUCUGAACAUGAAAAUGACCAAGAUAGUCCACAACUAAAGCCUGUUGAUGAGAAGAACGCGGCGCAAAGCUUGAAGAUAAGCUAUAGAUAUAGCUGGGAAGAUAUAGAUGUCAAUGAUGAGAGGCUAAGCAGCCAGAAAUCAACUGACGAAAGCACUUCUUCACACUAUGAUAGCGACAGAGAUCAUGAUUUGCCUAGAGAGGAUGAGAAAGAGAAAGAGAAAGAAGAAGAAAAAGAAAAAGAAGAAGAGGAAGAGGAAGAGGAAGAGGAAAAGCAUAGUCAUCUUGAGCACAAUAAUAGCUCAAAAACUGAUGAUGAUCAAAGUGUUUACUAUGAUAAUGAUGAUGAUUCAAGAGAUGACAAUAAUGAAGCAUCUUUGAAGCGGAUAGAAACAGAGGAUGAGAUUGAUCGUGUUGAAGAUGACAAUGGAGGCUCUUUGCAUCAGAUAAAAUCAGAGGUUAAGACUGAUACUGUUGAAGACUGACUUGUUUUAAAAAAAAAAAAAAAAAAAUUAUUCAUCCAUUUUAAAAUGACACAGAGUUUGAAUCUUUUUUGGGUUUUAGAAACUCUCAAUUGGGUAAUUAAUAAUCUAAACAAAUUAUAUACUCAUCUCUCUAUGUCUAUGUCUCUUUUAUGUAUGAUGAAGAUGUUUGGAUUGGUAGAUAAAAGAAGAUGUAUUGAGAAAACAAAUCUCAUGUUUUGUAAUCCUCUAUUAAUUGCUUCUUUUGAAAAAGAAUGUAAUGUAUUUUCCUUAAAA